CAGCUGCUGGCAGUCUGUGCCCUGGGCGAGGCGGUGGAGAGGCGGCCCAGGUGGGGGUCCUCGUUGUGGUGGCUGGUGUGUGCGUGCCCGACACCCUCUCUGGCUGGCUCCGCGCACCCCUGGAGCAAACGGGUGGAGUCUGAGAGGCGCUCUCACCGGCUGUGAGUUCCAGGCGGGAGUAAGACAGGAGAGCGGUUCCCAGCCAGCGAGCGGUUCCUCGCACCGCGGUUCUUCACCCUCUGAAUCCCAGCCGGCUCUCCCCGCAGUGCCUCCGCUCAGGGGCUGGCUCUCUGUCCUGGAAGUGCGGCUCGUGCACGCGAGCACAGCUUUCGCUGGGCCCGGCGGACAGUGGUCGGAGGAAGGGGCAGGGACGUUGCUCUGUGCGGAGAGGGGUCACAGCUGUCGGCGGCCGAAGCUCCGCAGUUGAAGAGGAAGCACCGAGCGCUGGACGGUGGUUGACCUGCGAACCGGGCCGUCUCUGGCUUCGCUCCCCAUCCCGAGGCGGCAGAGCGGGAGAGGACAUUUAGGAGCCAGUGAUUGAACCCCCAGAUUCUCCUGUUUCAGCCCCCUUUCUGGGGCGUCCUCGCCCUUUCCAGGUGGUGGACCAUUCUCCUUGGUAGAAAAGAAAAGGAAGCACAACCCCGUCACCGGAUUCCCCUCUCCUGCGGUGCGUGGCAGGAUGGACGCGGCCUGUGACCUGCGGCGCAGGACGGUGGCCAGCCCCCUGGGGCCGAUCGAGGUGUCCGCGUGUGAGCGGGGUCUGCACAGCAUCCGGCUGCUCGGCGGGGAGACGCCCAGCGCCAGCCCCACCGAGGCCCCCGCUGCUCCUGAGCCGCCCGGCAGCCCCGCGGCAACGGCCGAGCCCCUGGCGCAGUGCGAGGCCUGGCUGCACGCCUACUUCCAGCGGCCCGAGGCCCUCCAGGAGCUUCCCGUGCCUGCCCUGCACCACCCCAUCUUCCUGCGAGACUCCUUCACCAGGCAGGUGCUGUGCAAGCUGCUGAAGGCCGUGAGCUUCGGAGAGGUGGUCUCCUACCAGCAGCUGGCGGCCCUGGCCGGCAGCCCCAGAGCCGCGCGGGCCGUGGGCGGGGCGAUGCGGAGCAACCCCGAUUUAGGUAUUGAUGAGGCCGCGAGUGAAAACAAGCCCGUCCCCCGGGGGCCGCUCCCCGCAAGAACAAAGGCGAAGUUGGAGAAAUAUUCAGCCGGCCCCGGAAUCAGAGGGAAUCCGCCAUCGAUCGCAAGGCCCUUUCGUGUUGUUUUUGUUGGAGACAAAUCUAUGGGUUUGGAAGUUUUAUGGCCUCGGAGAAAGGGGCCGUGUCCCCAUCCUGGUCCCGUGCCACCGUGUGAUCUGCAGCAGCGGAGCCCUGGGCAACUACUCCGGGGCCGGGGGCCCGGGCAUGAAGGAGUGGCUCCUGAACCAUGAAGGCCGCUGGCGGGGGCAGCGACGGCCCGGGCAGGGGGCCCCCGUCCAGCCGGAACCUGGCGCGGGGUCGCAGGGGGCGCCCGCAGCUCCCAGCCCACCAGCCGAACCUGUGUCUUCUCGGGGGGAGGGACGUGGGUGACACGGAGGUGUCCAGGCUCCUCAGCGGGGCCUGUGCGGAGGCCCCGCCCCAUUAAAGGAGCCGCUGUGCCCUGCA